AAAUAUAUUCUCUUGUUCCUGUUUCGGAACUGCCGUUAUGCGGGUGCUGCUCUGCCAAAGCUGUUACGGAUGGAAGAUCGUGAAUAAGAGGUGCCUGUGCGGCAGAUGAAGCUGAGUGUCGGGGCGGGUUUCAUUCGCUAGCCAGGUUCUGCAGAAGUGUAGCAGCCCGGUGUUACCUGCUAGUAGCUGGGCAGAGCUCGGGUCUUCAUCCAGCAUCCCCGGUUAUUUCUGACCUUCCAAAAAAAAAAAAAAGCAUCCGGAAGACUCCAUUGAGAAUUGGAGUGUGACAAGUUAACAGGAGAAAAGAAGUUGUUCCUUCCAUUCCAUGGAUCCUUUGGGUGCUCCUUCCCAGUUUGUGGAUAUUGACAGUCUGCCAAGCUGGAGUAAUGUCCGUGAGGCUACCCAGGUGGAUUCUUACCAAAAUCCUGUUGAAAAAUCUCAAGUCGAUGUUAGGUCACCUUUUCCAUACAGGAAAGACCUCAAUGCAAAAAUUGUCUUGUGGAAAGGAGACGUAGCGUUACUGAACUGUACAGCCAUAGUGAAUACAAGUAACGAGUCUCUCACCGAUAAGAAUCCAGUAUCUGAAAGUAUUUUCAUGCAUGCUGGGCCUGACCUGAAGGAUGAACUUCAGAAGCUCAAGGGAUGCAGGACAGGAGAAGCUAAACUCACCAAAGGAUUUAAUUUGGCUGCACGCUUCAUCAUUCACACAGUUGGACCCAAAUACAAAAGUCGUUAUCGUACAGCAGCUGAGAGUUCUCUGUACAGCUGCUACCGGAAUGUCCUGCAACUUGCAAAGGAACAGGCAAUGUGCUCUGUAGGAUUUUGUGUCAUUAAUUCAUUGAAAAGAUGCUACCCCUUGGAGGAUGCCACCCACAUAGCACUGCGCACAGUUAGAAGGUUCCUGGAGGUUCACGGGGAGACUCUGGAGAAGGUUGUGUUUGCAGUCUCUGAGCUUGAAGAGGCCACUUACCAGAAGUUGAUGCCUCUGUAUUUUCCAAGAUCUUUGGAAGAAGAGAUACAAUCCUUGCCUUACCUCCCUGCAGAUAUUGGUAAUGCAGAAGGGGAGCCUGUAGUACCAGAACGGCAGAUCAGGAUUACUGAAAAGCCAGGUGUUCCAGAUGAUGCUUCAGAUGAAGAGGGGCUGGAGGCAGAUUUGUCUUUCAUUGGUUCCCAUGCUUUUGCCCGCAUGGAGGGAGAUGUUGAUAAACAGAGACGCCUCAUCCUUCAGGGACAGCUGUCAGAGGCAGCACUGCAAAAACAGCACCAGAGGAAUUACAAUCGUUGGCUGUGUCAAGCAAGAGCUGAAGACCUCUCUGACAUUGCUUCCCUUAAAGCCUUGUACCAGACAGGUGUGGAUAACUGCGGUCGCACAGUGAUGGUAGUUGUUGGAAGAAAUAUCCCUGUAACAUUGAUAGACAUGGAAAAAGCUCUUCUGUAUUUCAUCCACGUCAUGGAUCAUAUUGCAGUUAAGGAAUAUGUGCUAGUGUAUUUCCAUACACUUACAAAUGAUUACAAUCAACUAGAUUCUAAUUUCUUGAAGAAACUCUAUGAUAUUGUUGAUGCCAAGUACAAGAGGAAUUUGAAGGCAUUAUAUUUUGUCCACCCAACAUUUCGUUCAAAGGUCUCAACAUGGUUUUUCACUACCUUUACUGUCUCAGGGCUAAAGGACAAGAUCCACUAUGUGGAAAGCCUUCAGCAGUUAUUCAGAGCCAUACCUCCAGAACAGAUUGAUCUCCCUCCUUUUGUUCUUGAGUAUGAUGCCAGGGAAAAUGGGCCUUACUAUUCUUCGUAUCCUCCAUCCCCUGACUUGUGAUCUGCAGUCCUGCAAUGCUGUUGGUUUCCCAUGGAUCCAAUGACCUGAUGUCUGCCAAAACCUGUGCAUUUGCCCACAGAAUUCAGAGAGAGGGUUUUCCUUCCCCAGCUCUGGUAUUUUUUUACUGAUGAGAUAUUUUCAAGCACUCAAGCAAUCAGAACACUUUAUGCCACUGUGAACUGUACAACUAUUUCAAAUAUAUUUAUCCAAUGGUAAAGUUGAUUUUUUUGGGAUCAGUAUUUUAUUUUCUUCUUUUUUGAAGCUGUUACAUUUAUUCCUGAACAGACUUUCUCUUUUCAGGGAGAUCCAUCAAAAACAUUCGAUUGUGUUUACAACUAUUAUAGUUUUCCACAUCCAUUUGUGUUUGUACCUGUUUUUGACUGGUUUGUACAAAUAUUGUGCAGUACCAGCCUGACGUAUUGCUCAUUAUAUGGUUUCUAUGCUUUCGUAUCUGGUCACUUUCCCUAUUGGUUAGUGAUGAUUACUUUGGUUUUGAUGCAGCAAAAGUACCUGAAAUUGGGAAUACCGUGUUUGCAGGCUGAACAGAACACUGCAGCCAAGCAAAGAUUACUGCAGCACUUAGUACCAGAAAAGCUGACUGAGCUAGGAGCCUGAUACAGUCCCAGUCCAUCUUCAGUGAAUGAUGUGACACGUCAGGAUGCCACUACCCUCCCAGCAAGAAUAAAGUUGAAAAGCGUUUACACUUC